AUGGACAGCACCGCCACGCCAGUCCAUUUUAAUUUUCGGGGAGUGACAUUUUGUCCGUGUUCUGGGACUCCAGUUCCAGUCGAGAAUAAACCACCGCCUCUUAAUAUGAAUUCCGAGCGAACACAUACUGCAGCAUCUUUUCCUUCAUAUUUUCCAUUAUUAAGUAAGGGCGGGAAAACCCAUGAAGUUAUGAAAAGCAUGCUAAGCAAGCUUGAAUUAGCAUUAAUUGAUGGUACUUUAGUUUAUGAAGGAAUGCCUCAGGAACUUUCUGAUAAAAUAAUUCAAAUUAUAGCGGAAUUAAAAAAAUCAAAUAAUGAGCACCAUUAUGAAAGACAAGACUCUGAAUUGCCUCUAUCGUCCAAGUCUCUUAUGAGUAAUACUGAGUCUCAGCGAAAAAAUGAUUCAAUCGUGUCACAAGACAAAGAAGCGAACAAGAAUGCUAAGUCCAGAAGAUCUAUUACUAAUGAUCCAUCGUCUUCUUCGUUAUCAUUCUUAGAAAUGAAUAAUCUUUCUUUAGAGGAUCAUAAUUCGGACAAUGAUGACAUUCCAGGGCUAGGGCUGCUAAAGGAUGAAGAAACGAAUAAAAUUCCAGGACUAGGGCCAAAAGAUGAGGAAAUGUCUGGUUUAGAUUUAGAGACGAAUAAAAUUCCUGGCUUAGAAUUAGAAACGGAUAAAAUCCCUGGUUUAGAUUUAGAGGACGAAAGAAGAAUCCUUGUAAGAUUUGCAAAUGAUGAAAAUAAUUCAUCAGGCUUCGAAGAUGGUGAAUUAAUUGAAAUAUCUUCUGAUGAUGAUAAAGACGAUAAAAAUAUCAACAGCAGUAAUAAUCCUAAUAAUAGCAUUCCAGUAGCUUUUGAAAGCGAAAAGAAGAAAGGCAAAAGACCAUUGUAUGUGAUUGAUUAUGGAAAGCCGUCUCAAAAAGAAACAACCAGUUCUUCUCAUAUUAACAGUAACAGCAACAACAGAAACGGCCAAAGUCAACUUGUUCGUGACUUUAGUCAUCUUAGUUUUGAUGAAGAAUAUGAGGAUAUGAUGGAGAGGAGAAAAUGUAAAAAAGUAAGAUUUGAAGAUGACCAAGUUAAUCGGGAUGAAAUAUUAUCAAAAGCUAACUGGGAAAGUCUUCUGCUCUGGCAACCAAAACAUGUCGUCAAAGCAAAAAUGGACUAUAAAAGUAAUCACCCUCUAGACUUGAAUUUUGAAGUGGGUGAUAUUAUUGAAGUUUUGGGUAUUGAAAAUGAUGACUGGUGGAAUGGUACUAUCGCGGAUACUGAUACAUUUGGAUCAUUCCCGUGUAGUUUUGUAGAAAUAAUACCCAAUGAUGAUAAUUAUUAUGAAGAGCAGGAAGAAAUAGAACUGGUCCCGAAAUUACCACCACGCAUAAAACUUCAUCAACGAAGAUCUUCGACAAGGUCUACUAGUUCCACAAAGUCUACCCAUUCCACUAUUCAUCAGGAUUAUUCUGAUGGAGAUAUUGUUAUUAAUGGUGCUCUUGCUCGUGAAUUACAGUCUCUUCGAAAAACAAAAAAUUCGGCUUCUAUUGAAAAAAAUGAAGACGAUAAUAACGUAGAAGAAACCGUCUACCCUCCAACUAGGAAUAAUGGUAAAAAUAUGAAUAGUAAUAACAGCAGAAUUAAAAAGAAAGUAGUGGAGAAAUUUGAUCCGGUUAGUCGAUGUACAGUCGUUUAUGAUAAGAACUUUGAGGCACCUUUAGAUUUAUCAGAAGUUGACUUUGAAGUUGUCGAUGAUCAUGCACGUAACGCGCCGAAAGAUGUCGAAAAAUCGAUAGAUCGAUUAUCUAAAUAUCUCACUGCGGAAUGGACACAUCCCAUUUACAAAUUACGAUGUAUUUUUGCAUGGGUUACUCAUAACAUUGCAUAUGAUUGUGAUGCAUUUUAUAGAGGGGGUACACGUUAUAAUUCAGCAAAGGAUGUAUUGAAGCAUCGGCGGGCCGUUUGUGCAGGAUACAGUGAAUUGUUUCAUGAAUUGGCUUCGGCUGCUCAUUUGGAUACGUGGAAAGUAAAUGGAGAAGCAAAAGGUGCUGGCUAUCAGCCUGGAGAUGAUGUAAAGGGCACAGGUGGACACGCAUGGAAUGUUUGUCGCCUAGACGGAGAAUACUUUUUAAUAGAUUGCACUUGGGGUGCCGGUAUAGUCUCCAAUCAACAAUUCGAACGGCAAUUCAACCCAUUUUAUUUUAUGGCAUCCCCAUUGCACCUUAUAUACACACAUUUCCCGGAAAAUAGUCGUGAACAAUAUUUAAAUCCUCCAAUCCGAUACGAUGAAUUUGUUGGUUUACCAUAUUUCAAACCAGAAUGGUUCAACAGUGGAUUUAGCAUGGCAAAAUAUCAUGGAUGUGUGAUUGAUGUUGAGAGUGACUUGGUAGAAUUUGAGAUCGAGCAGCUUUCCGCUGAUAAUGAACGACGUCCGGGCGGGUCUCUUGAAUGGAAGGGACAAAAUAUUGAAGCAUUUAUAAAUUAUCUCGGAAUAGUUGAUGGCGGUAAAAAGUUGUAUCGGUUGCAAUGUAGUAUCCCAAGUAGUGGUAAUGGAACAUUGACCAUUUUUUCAUUUACUAAAGAGAUCGGUAAAUUUGCAACUUCCUACAAAAUCAUUAACCACGGUUCCGGAUCUUAUUACCAACCAUUUGUCAAAAUUUAUCCUCCACCUUUCCAAUUCUCGUUAGUCUCCCCUAUUCAGUCCACAUUACCGUCCAAUCAGCGCGUGCAAUUCGAGGUCAUUCUAUUCAAUCAAGAACGCUUACGUGAUUUACCUACGAUUUCUGUGCACAGUUCCGACUUUAAGAAAAAGCGAACAUUAGAAGCGUGUGGUCAGAUCAAUAAAAAAGACAAAUCGGUUAGACUUUGUGUGGAGGUUAUGCUUAGUUUGACUGGACAGUGGGUUUUAUCGUAUUCGAUGAAUGGCGAGAAUCUAUUUCAUUUUAUUGCAACUUAUGAGUGUAGAUGA